CAACCUUAAAUAGUGACGCACAAAGGCUAUUACCACCGCUGAGUGGCUUAAGUAAUCCUGUCAACAGCAAUCGCCCAUUUCCAAAGCCAUGCAUGUCUGCCACCAUCCUCAUGCACUGCUUCCAAGUGCCUGGGAGCCUUUAUGAGCGUCCCUAAACCUAAAGAAUCCAGAGGCGGGGCUCGGAUGAACCCUCGAGAUAAGCAAGUGAGCCGCUUCUCCCCUCUAAAGGAUGUUUUCACGUGGGUGGCACUCGCUGGAAUCCAGCGCUCGGGCAGCCCUGGGAGGACGCGCUCAGCUGCGUGGAGGAUGGAGAGCAACACAUCAUCAUCUUUGGAGAAUUUAGCGACGGCGCCUGUGAACCAGAUCCAAGAAACAAUUUCUGAUAAUUGUGUGGUGAUUUUCUCAAAAACAUCCUGUUCUUACUGUACAAUGGCAAAAAAGCUUUUCCAUGACAUGAAUGUUAACUAUAAAGUGGUGGAACUGGACCUGCUUGAAUAUGGAAACCAGUUCCAAGAUGCUCUUUACAAAAUGACUGGUGAAAGAACUGUUCCAAGAAUAUUUGUCAAUGGUACUUUUAUUGGAGGUGCAACUGACACUCAUAGGCUUCACAAAGAAGGAAAAUUGCUCCCACUAGUUCAUCAGUGUUAUUUAAAAAAAACUUCCUAUCAACGAGAAUUUUUAAAGUGCCUACUAUACAAAGCAUUUUCCUAGUUGAUCCCACAGAGUCACUUGGGGCAGAUUACCAGAUGCUGAGAAGAAAAAACCCUUCAUCAGAGGUGGAGGAAAAAUGGAUUUCAAGAGUGCUUCUGGUUUUUGUCAGGAUGGACCAGAGAAUCUGGAACAGUCCUGAAGAAUACAGCUGGUGGCUUCCUUGGCCUUUUGCCAUCAAUGAUGCUUCUUACUUGGAUUUAAACUGCCAUUAGGAAACCUCUUGAUCAAGAAUUUAGACAAGAAUUUCAUUCCCAUGUGAUAAUUUAGGUUAUAACACUAGAAUGGAACAAAGAGUAGAAUGUCUUUAGUUCUUUAUUUUGCAUUAUGUCAUAAGAAAGUUCUUGCUAUGUUGUAAAAUCGUUAGAUUCAGGCUUUUGGGGAUUCUGAAAACACAUUUUGUUAGAGAGUUGAAGUCUAUUACCUGAGAAAGGUAAAAUUGUGUCAUAAUUGUUCAUCAUACUAGGUAUUAAGGGUAGAGACAAGUUACUUCAAGGUAUAGAAACACUGACCAGUACUCGACUGUGAAAAACAUCUUUACCUUUAGCAUUUUUUUUUUGAAACAGUCUCGCUCUGUUGCCCAGACUGGGGGGGCAAUGGCGCAAUCUCAGCCCACUGCAACUUCCACUUCCUGGGUACAAGCGAUUCUCAAGCCUCAGCCUCCUGAGAGUAGCUGGGACUACAGGCGAGCACCACCACACUUCGCUAAUUUUUUGUAUUUUUAGUACAGCCGGGAUUUCGCCAUGUUGGCCAGGCUGGUCUCAAACUCCUGAGCUCAGGCGAUCCGCCUGCCUUGGCCUCCCAAAGUGCUAGGAUUACAGGCAUGAGCCACUGCACCUGGCCUGUGAAGAAACAUCUUUUAUCAAUGCUUCCUAGACUGGUAGGACAUAGGGUGAGAGGCGAGUGGUGGUUCGUUCUUGAUUAUGUUCAGAUCUUGAAAGAAUUCAACAUUAGGGAGAGAAGCCUUAUCACCAAAAGCCUCAAAAACUCUACUGAAGGUAAUAUGAUAUCUGAUUCUCACUAUGGCUUUAUUUAAAAUAGAAGAAAUAAAACCUUCUAAUAUCUGCCUCUUAGUCUUCUGAAUUAAACUCAUUGACUAAUAAAAGAUUUUUACUUUGGAGGGUUUAGCAGUGCAUCAAAAAGGAAGCAGAUCUCUCCUAUUUGUUAAACGCUAAGGAAUGAAAGAAAAUAACAAUAAAUCUGACCUCUUUUUGCCAUAUGGCACAUUAAAUAUCUUUGAAAAAAACCCCAAAACAAUAAUAACAAAAGCUUGCCGCUCUAAAACGUUUAAAAUAUUGGACACAAUAAUAAAUUUUUAAAAAUGCAAGGCUAAGCAGGUUUUAAAAAGUAUAGGGACUCUCCAAGAGGAAAACAAAAUCAGGAGCAGAAUCCAAGGAUAUAGGGAAGCACUGAAGCCAGCAGCUCCCUUACUGACAGUGCCAAUCGUGGAAUGCCAACAGCUUUAGUUUUAACUGUAUGCAAGGGGCUGGUUACAAAGCUGGGGGUUAAGGGAGAAAGAUUUAGAUAGGAGACCACAGCAUACCACCACUAAAUCUUCAGUUAAAAAAAUUCGUAAUAUACUUUCAGAGCAUAGCUGAUGAUUUGUCAAGACAGACAAGCGUUCAAAUCACUAAAGGUGUAACCAUUAGGUAGGUGACUUAACCUCCCAGAACUUCAAGUUUCUUAUAAAAUGUAGGUAAUAGUACUUUCCUUUAGGAUUUACUUUUUGAGGAAUGGAGAUAAUACAUGUAAAUCAUUCAGAGUGGUUUUUAAUAGACAAUACAUAAUGGCUAUCAUUAAUCACAAUAGUUCAGGUAUGUGUGUUUUCUUGUGGACCCAUCAGAGUUUUCUAAGAUUCUGUACCCAGCCAAGAAUUUAGGGGGCAGGGGAAGCCUCUGGGGUUUCAUGUUGUCUUGGAUAUUGAUUUCCAUUUCUUCUCCCUUUCCAUACCUUACAGCUGGAUAAAAGUAAGAGAAUGGUGACUAAGAAAAACUUGUAAUUUUUUUCCUCAGUCCUUAUUUUUACAUUUUUUAUUUACUUUUUUUUUUUUUUUUUUGAGACAGGGUCUCCCUCUGUAGCCCAGGAUGGAGAACAGUGGCUCUGUCAUGGCUCACUGCAGCCUCAAACUCCUGGGCUGAAGUGAUCCUCCUACCGUAGCCUUCUGAAUAGCUAGGGCUACAGGCACAUGCCACCAUGCUCAACUAAUUCUUUUCAGUUUUUUGUAAAUAUGGGGGUCUUACUGUGUUGCCCAGCAAGAUCCCCAUAGUUACAACUUUUUACAGUUUUGAACUCCUAGGCUCAAGCAGUCCUCCUGCUUUGGCCUCCUGAAGUGCUACGAUUACAGGUGUAAGCCACAAUGCCCGGGCCCUUUAUUUUAAGAUCUGAAAUACGAGCUGUUUACUGGAGUUCAUUAAUAUAAAAAACUAGGCCAUUUUUCACUUUAUCAUUAGAUAAUCAAUUUACAUUUUAAUUGCCAAAAUAUCUGUAAUUGAAAAGCUGUUGAAGAAAAAAAGGGAUCUUCUGUACCUGGAUUUUACUGUUUACUGAUAAAAAAUUACCAUUUGAACAACAUCUUUUAAAGUCAGGUUUUCUUCAUAAGGUUUAAUAUUGUUAAAAUUUAUUAAAUCUAGUAUGUAUAAUUUGUGAUCCUUCUCGUACAAGUGUUGAAAGGAGUGCUGUAAAAUCAACCAAAUGUUUUGAAGUUUUGGUGAAUAUAUUCUGAUGUAACUUGCUUUCAGUAACCUACAGUUCAGAUCUUAGAACUUUUCAGAAAAUUUUUAUGGGAAUUGAGAGAAAAAUGUCUGCAAAUUGGCACUGAAACAGUGUUUUUAUUUGCAUAGUUGACUUUUUGUGUUUGGAUGAUAACUUUUGCCAAAGGCAAUUUUGAGUAGAUCUUUUCACAAAAGAAUCCUAUUUUAAAACUUUAAAGAAUUUGUUUUCAUUAAAUCUAAUCAUUUUAUUAUAAUUGAAUUCCAUGGGUAAAGAAUCUUUAACUUCAUAUACUUUUAAUACUUACAUAAAACUAGAUCCAUUAAAAGGUCAAUGUUAAUUAUCAAAACUUAAAUUUUACCUUGUUCAAAUACAAGAUUACUAAAGGCUUUAGAUUUUUUAAGGCAUAUUAUAACCUUAACAUUCGUAUUUCUUGAAAGAGAUAGACAGACACUUAUUUAAUGUGCAUAGAAUUUAUUUGGUACAUCUAUCAAUUUCUACAAUAACUGACCAAAAACAGUUCACACAGUGUCCACCUGCACUCCAUGUCUAAAAUGAUUUAUUUAGUAGGGUAUUUUGCAAGGCUAGAAAGGAGAGAAAGGAUUUCACAGUAUCGGUGAAAACUGUUUUAUCAUGAAACAAAUGUAAUACAUUAAUAUAUUCAUUCAUUCUCUAUUAGAAAACAGCAAAAUUACAUUGUUAGUUGUAUUAUUUACAGUGAAAACUUGGAAGACUUGACAAAGCAUCAGUUAGUUUAUCAACAGACCUAGGAAGCUCCCUGUCCCCUCCUUUCAGGGUCCUUUCCUUGGAAAUGAAAUAAACUUAAAUCAGAUUUUACAUACCUUUAAGCACCAGCUUGACAAUGUAAAGUUUUAUUUCAGUUUUAUAAAAUACUCCUGCUUUGAAAGGCAAAGUGAAUGUAAAAAUGUGAAUGUAAUUAAACAAGUCACUGGCCUGGAAACUUUUUAUUGCAAUAGUCUUUAUGUUUUACUACUAUAUUCAUUUCUUGGAAUGAAUUUGCUUGUAGGUUUGAAACAAAAUAUUUGCCUUUUGUCUUGAAAAAUUCCCUUAAAAAAUUAAUUAUCUUUGGAACUGUACAACUACAUUUUCAUUCGAUGUUAAAUAUGCAACUUGGUCCUUGGAUAUCAUGUUACAAAGUCCAACCUGUUGGAUAACUUGUUAUAGAAAACAAUAAAAAACCUUAAACUAUCAUAAAAUAUUACUGAUGUUAACAGUCAUGUAUAUAUAACACAUCACUGUACCUAGAUUUUCCUGUUAUUGGAUGAUUAAAUUACCAAUGUACAAUCAGGUUUUAAAAUGUAAUACUUAAAUUUCCAUUCACUAUGUAAAAUUAAAAGCUCUAAAAGACCCUUUGAGUUCUGUAUUUCAGAAACAUUAGAACACUAUUAAGGCAUUAUUUAAACAGACCCCAAGGAAAGUAACUAGUAUGCCUGAAUUACAGAGCAAGUAGUAUUUUAAGGCAGUCAAAAGGUUCAUUUUUUCACUUUAAGGCUCUUGAAAAGUUUAUUCUAUGUAGACAUUAUUCUGUGUAAUUUAAAUAUUCAUCAAAUGGUCAGUUAUUGAAAUCAAAGCCUUUAUAUAAAGCAAAUGGACAGUUUAGAACUAGAUUAUAAUACCCCACUCCCCACUGGUUUUUAUAAAAGAUGAUUCUUAUAUCUCAUCCCUUUGGAAAAUUUCAUUAUCAGAAGCUGGCAAUAAAAGGAAAAACAUAUAACUGAAAUACAUUACAGAAGUUAUGCCCAGUCACGCCAUACCACAUAUAGAGAGUCCAUAUUCAGAGUAACAGUGCAACAAAAACACUUUGAGUACUAUUCAUUAAUUGUAUAUUUUAAAUCUAAUUUGGCUACGUAUGGAUUAUAUGUAGUUUAUGUUACAAAUAAAGCCAAGUUUCAAUAUGUUUGUUGAUAUAAUAUUCCAUCAAUUAUAUCUGGUAAUGAUAUUUAAAACAGCAAGGUUUUAAUUUCAUUUACUGUCUUUAUCCACAUAUCCAUAUCCACAUCGAAGUGAAACCAGCAGACAUAUAGCUAAUUAACUAUUUCCUUUGUUCAAGCACAUAUUCUGAUAUCUAAAAGUGCAUAAAUUUAAACAACUUAAGAUGAAAAGUUGGCUGGGUGCAGUGGCUCACGCCUGUAAUCCUAGCACUUUGGAAGGCCGAGGCGGACAGAUCACGAGGUCACGAGAUCGAGGCCAGCCUGACCAACAUGGUGAAACCCUGUCUCUACUAAAAAUACAAAAAUUAGGUGGGCGUGGUGGCGCGUGCCUGUAAUCCCAGCUACUUGGGAGGCUGAGGCAGGAGAAUUGCUUGAACCUGGGAAAUGGAGGUUGCAGUGAGCUGAGAUCGCGCCACCGCACUCCAGCCUGGUGACGGAGUGAGACUCUUGUCUCAAAAAAAAAAAAAAAAAGAAAAGUUAAAUAUCAUUUAUGUUCAUAAAAUUAAUGUGGUGCAUGGCAGGGCUAAAUAAAACAGAAGCAAAGGGAAAAAUCUUUUUAGGAUGAGAAGGUUAGCUUUUGUGUAUUUUUGUUGUAUACAUAAAUUCAUUCUCACUGAAAAUAAUCAUCGUAAUUUCCACAAUAGAAUUUUCUAAGAUGUUCUCCCCUAGUUUGUUUCUUUCCACUAUUUUCCAGUAUAACUUGGUAUUUUCAGGGUUUAAGGAAUUGUGCCAUUUAUUAUAAUUUUAUUCAAACAGUAUGCUUAACUACAUUAUUAGUUUUAUACAUGAAAACUACCUUAGAAUUAAAUUUUAACUUCAUAAUUUUCAAAAAAGCAAAUAAAAAAAUGCACCAAUUAAAAAAAAGCCAAAUGUGAGUAAGUUAUCUACAAGACUUUUUAUGCCACAAGCAACGUAUCUCUAUAUAUGCUCAGUGAAAUAUUUAGUAAACCAAAGAUUUUGACAAUGGUCCUUAUAAUUAUGGAAAUAAAAGCGUUGAGACACCUGCUAUUUUCUGAAAGAGUAAUCAGUUAAUUAUUUUUCUAAGAGUGCUUAUAUAGUAAGCACUUAUCUUUUCAACAUAGCUAGAUAACAUAAUUACAAAGGCUGAAUAACUGAUCUUAAAGGCCACAGAAUUUCUGCAAACAUCUAAUAUAAAAGAUAUACAAUAUAAUUUGAUUUGGGGAGAGAGUGUAUCAAUCUACUUAUUGUUCCAAGAAGCCUGCCUAUUACUAAGUUGAAAAAGAAAAUAUGAUCUUAUACUUGUAUGAAACAAAAAGCAAUCUGCAAAAGGUUCAUCCCAAACCUCUAUGUGGGUGACUUUCCUGUCAUUCAUUUUAUUAUCCAGAUAGAGAAGGACUAGAAAAAGAACAGAAAUGUAAGAAAGGAAUUUUAAAAGAAAAAAAAGAGGUAGAAAAGUAAUCUUCCAACAAAUAAGAGAUAAGGAAACAGACAUCAAGGAAACACUAAAUAAAAUCCAAACAGUAAAUACAACUAAUUUCAUUGAUUAACCUGUCAUUUUUUUUUACAAAUUCUUUCUUGUGCAUGUUUACACUGAUGCCAUAUGACAUUUCUCCAGAGGGGAUAGUGCCUUAACAAUCACCCCAAACCUGCAGUAUAUAAGACUAGAAUUUUUCAUUUUUGAUUACCUACUGUAAUAGCAUCAGUUACCAAGAAAUUUGUUAUUUGUGGCUACAAUAGGUCAAGUUAAAGUAAGUCCAACAAAAUAUUACAAUGAUUUAGGCUUUAGUUAUUUAGGUGUAGCUUUACUAUGCUUUUAAAGGUGUUUCUCACUUAAUUGUGAGACCUUCAGAUUUAUUCAAGAAUCCUACCUUAUCUUUCGAAAAUAAUUUCACAUUGUUUCUGUAAAAUCUAGAAAAUAAGAAAAAAAAAUCCCUGAUGAAAACAGUACUUUGCUAUUUGUAGAUUUACUGGUUACUUUAAAAGAUUAAGAGAAUGUUUGCUGGCUGGGUGCAGUGGCUCAUGCCUCUAAUUCCAGCACUUCAGGAGGCCAAGGCAGGAAGAUCCCUUGAGCCCAGGAGUUUGACACCAGCCUGGGCAACAUAGUGAGAUGUUGUCUCUAAAAAAAAAAAAAAAAAAAAAGCAGGUGUGGUAGUGCAGUGCACACCAGUGUUCCUGGCUACUUGGGAGGAUCACUUGAACUUGGGAGGUCAAGGCUGCAGUGAGCCGUGAUCAUGCCACUCCAGCCUGGGUGACAGAGGGAUAGCCUGUCUCAAAAAAAAAAGUUUGUUAACAGCAUUUCCUCAGAGUAUAAGCUUGUUUUUCUAGGUCUGUCCAAGAAGAUCUUAGAGUUGGAGUAUAUUUUUUCUCCCUCUUUAGUAGAGAAUAGUGACUUUUUGGGUAAUACUUUAGCUGUGAAAAUUUUUCUUCUAAAUUUUUCUACUCUGAACAGGAAUGUUUUAAAACACUGUUAGGCCUAUUGAGUGAGCUAUUUUUCUAAAACAUUUUAUCUUUUGAAAUACAUAUCUUAUUAACAAGAAUGUUUUUAACCAAAAAAAAAAAAAAAAAGAAAGAAUUCUAACUUGUAUUGCAAGCCCUCUUCCCAGUUUCAAUUUUUAUACAAAUAUUAAAUCACUGAUUCUUCUAUGAUCCAAGCACAGAUAUGUUACUUUUUAAGGAUAAAAAUAAUCAAAUCACUUAGGUUAAACUGGUUGUCUACAGUCACACAGUAAGUUAGAUAAAGCAAAGGAGGUGUCAAAGGGUAACACUAAAUUCCAUUCACUAGCAUCUUGCCUCACUAACACUCUCAUAAAAUAGAUUACUAAAUAAUAUAAGUAUUAAUAAAUGGAAUUUCCAAGAACUUUCAACUAAUAAAGGGUGGGAUUUAAGAUUAGUUUUUGUUUUACUAAUUACAACUAUAUCCUGGAACUAUUUACAUAUUACCUAGGAAAUAAAGUUUGUUUAUUCUUGCAGGAUUGUUUUUAAAAGCAGUAUUUUCCCAAAUAUUAAUUUAACAGUAAUCCUAAAAGUAACUCAGGAAAUAAAAAACUUGUUUAUCACUUCAGUACAUUUUAUUCAUAAUGAGGUAAAGUUUUUCUUUUUUCUCUAUAUAUGUAGAUAUAUAUAGCAACACAGGUUAAUUGUGCUUGAGGAUUCCUAUGAAUUACAAGAUUAUACAUGUUCCCAUUCUAUUUUUCUACUCCUAAAGCAAUCGUAUAUACAUUAUUUCCUAAUAACUCAAUAAGGUAAAAGUCUUAAAUAAUUUUAUUUUAUCCUCUACUCUUCUGAGACCAUGUAUUCCCAUGUUGUGGGGAAAUAAAUUCUGGCACAGGAAUGAAGAGACCAAGAUUUCUAGGUUAUAGUACUUCAAAAUCACACUCUGUCUUGGACCUCAGCUCUCUAACAAAAAUUUAAAAAAUUAGCUUUUAGGUUUCUAAGGUUUCUUCCAGCUCUAAUAUGCCAUGAUUUGAAAAGUUACCUUCUGUGGUAGCUUCUCCUACUUAUCCUUUCUUUCUUAAAUGUUACCCUAGUCCAUUUAAUUAGACCUACCUAAAUACUUCAGAAAGGUCAUAUCCAUCCAAUCUUGUAUCCUUGAUGGAUUUAAUAUUAACUUAUAGAUAUAUUUGUCUAAAAGUAUUAUGGAAAUAGUACGCAACUGAAGGUAAUGCACUCUUGUACUAUAUUUAACAUUUCUAUUAGGAAUAAAAUGAUCAUGUUAUAAUUUUUAAGAUCUUGGGUUUACUUAAACAAUUCAAUAACUAUUAUGUAAUUCUAUUAGUUUCUUUAAACUUUAAAUUCAAUCUGAACGUAAUAUUUUAAUGUGUCAAAAGUAGCUAAUAUAUUCAGUUCAAUGCUUGACAGGGUUAAAAACGUGAACAACAUCAGAAGCAAUGCAUGUCUGGAGUGGGGGUGAGGGUGCUAUGAGCUUUGCUGAACAAAAAUAUCUCAGGUAAAUCACACUUAAAAACUGAUACCAGUUGCCUUGAAGGAAUGGGUACAUAUCAAAACCAGCAUUAAUAUGUCAAAUAAAUUUGAAAGGAAUAUUUUCUUAUUCCCAGAGCCCAAAUUUCACAUAAAACAGAAGAAAAUAUGUACAGAAAUCCUCAGACUACUAAAGUCCCCCUUUCCCAAAAAACAUAAACCCUCUAACCCCCAAGCACCUAAAAGGCUAUAAUUUACAUUAACUACAGUUUGACUUUUCACAUAACAGCGAGAAGGACCUUACAAACCCUCAGUAAAUCUUCAAUUAAUAUUUAGAGAACAACAGAUACGCAAACAGGUUUUAUGUGUAAGCUACCUUAGACGGCCAUAAUAAAAUUAUAAGCAAAGAUAAUGGCAUUUCAACAGAUUGCUUUAAUGUUAAACCUCACAAUGAAGGAUACUUGCUCAAUAAAAUAAUGCACUUUAGUGUAAUGAAAAGUUUAAUACAUACAAAUAAUACUGAAAAAAAUUCCUAGUGACUGGCUAGCUGGUAAUAUGCUACUCAAAAAUUGCCUUUCAAACCUAAAGGACCUAGAUUGCUUUAUUAUUUGUUUACACUAUCAAAGAAGAAUAUUUUGCCACAAAAUGAAUAAUGGACAAAGAGGCCAUUGACAUGUAUACUUUUAAAAAUAUUGACUAAAAAAUAGUUAAAAGUAAAAAAUUGUUAUUUUAAAAGUAAGGAAAAAGCUAAACUGGUUAUAGUUCAGAUUUUAAUUGUUAUACUUUGUGAAUGAGGGGGAGUUAAGCGCUUGAAACAUUUUAUAUUAUUUUCACUUAAGAGUAUGAAAAAAAGUGUGAGUAUGAAAAAAGUGUGGCUAUGUUAUUAUAAUUCAGAGGAAAUCAUUAUCAAGUCACACCCCUUGUAGCAAUAAAAUAUAACAAAGCAAAAAAAAAAAA